CGGAGUGAAUUAAACAUGUUUCCAAACUGACUUUUGAUUGACAUAAAAGACCCAUAAAAUUGGCUGAAAAAAAAAAGUAUUUUUUCCUUGGUUGAAGCAGGGUGCACUUGACGACUGGAGAAAAACUUGUGGAUUUAAUUCUGGUUUUGUCUUUGUCCGACAUCACAGGGCCUUCUACUCAAUACACCAGAUAGUGUAAUACCAUGGCUGAGGCCGUGGACGGAUUGAACGAAGCUUUGAAUAGAGCAAUGGCCAGUCAAGGUCGCUAUGAAAAUCAAAUAACAUUCGAAGGAAGACUUGGGUAUAACGACGCCUGGAUCAAGUGCUCAAAGAAUCCCGGACAUACAGACUUUAUACCCAUUAAAGAAUUCUCGGUGACACAUCUCUUCGGCCCAUUCCAAGAUGACCAAAUGGUUGAGAUGGUUCGCAGCAUAGCUGACGUGACUGUCCUGCUGGAGAACAAGUUCACAAGCACUGAGAGACCUGAGAUGACCAGUGAUGGAGAAGAGUAUCCGUUCAAGGCAUUGAGGGGAACAGAGUUGGCCAGAUCUUCUACCGGGUGGAUUGCUAGAGCGAGGAGGAAAUUUGAAUCCGGCAAAGAGUGUCCAUGUCCUGAGUGUUUCCAACUACCCAGCCAUCACAGAGUUCGACCCUUCGGCAAGGUCAUCGUAUGGACGGCCACACACAGCAUUUACGACCUGUCCGAAGCACUAAAAACUAAAGUGGGAGUGUUUUACCACGAGGAGGACAGCUCCGAGGGAGAUUUAAAUAUCGACUAUCUGCAGCCUUAUGGGAUUUUCGCGAAGGAUGAUAUUGGUGACUGGUGCGGCAUCAAAUGCGUGACUCACGAUAUAAACUUGUGGGACAAGAUCAGGGAGAAGUUUCUUACUUUUAACAAGAAGAUGAAAGAGGUGGACGCCAAGUUCAGAGCAGUGGAAGACAACUUAGCCAUCAUCGUCUCCCACCCCCACGGCCAGGGCGCCAGGGUCAGCGUGGGGCGGUGGAACUACCGGGACGACAUGAACCACAACGAUGACUUCAUCCAGUGCCGCUACGGGUACGACACGCCCACGUGUCCGGGCUCCAGCGGCGCCCCCGUUUUUAUCUUAGGCAGAAUGUCUCGUGGAAUGUAUCUGGCGCACCCUCACAGUCAUGUAGGGGAGCCCACUCAAUAUGGAGAAAGUGGGUACGGAAUAAACUACUAGCCCAACUAGCCCAAUCACAUAGUAGAAAAUGUUCUCACAAUACAGUUUUUUUUUUUUUUUUGGGGGGGGGGGGGCGAGUAGAAAAAAAAAGAAUAAAAGUAAAUGGUCAGAUAACAUCCACACCACACAAGGAACCCACAAGGAAAGAGGAAAGUGGGCAGACCCAAGCAAACCUGGAAGAGGUCAGACAUCAGUGAGGGUCCUGGAAUGACAUGGGAGCAGAUGAAGAAAGCUGCUCAGAACCGAGUUGGGUGGAGAGGUGUGGUUGCGGCUUUAUGUUCCCCUUGGAGUGCACAGGAUUAAGUCAAGUCACUCUAUGCACAGGAUUAAGUCAAGUCACUCUUACAGUCUGACACACGAAUAGGCCCAUGAAAGUGAUAUUAAAGAAUUAGUUAUUCACGAUUAACAAUAACAACGCAUUUCUAGGUUUCUAAACUUUAAUGUUACCUCAGAACUUUCGUACUGUCCUACUAUAAUUUUUUUAACGAAUAACAAAUGUCGGCAUCAAUCGUUGCUGUGUACUGUAGAAAACAAAGUUGACAGUACUGGAUGCACUACUGAUUGUAGUACUGAUUGUAGUACUGUUUUUAACGAUUUUCUUGUAGACUUAUUAUAACAAAAUAAUGAAUGAAAAGCAAAGUAUUUGAUUCCGAAAAUUAAGGAUGGGUGCAGUGUUUUACAUGGCCACACACAGGGCCGGCUUAAGGCAUAGGCAAACUAGGUAGCCGCCUAGGACCUCCGACUGGUGGGGGCCACGCAUAGGACUAAAAACAAUUUGUUUUCAGAGAAGAAAUAGUGAAAACUUGUCCCUAAUUUUAUUGUUAAAAGUGCACUAGGUUUUCAAUUAAUCAAUGAAUAAAUAAAAUGAUUAUAUUUUUUGCUCUUUUUUUUUACGUCUAUUUCAUUUGGGGUCACAAAUUCACUUCACCUAGGGCCUCCAUUUAUUAGGGCCGGCCCUGCCGCGCAAACCCAUUUGGGAUAUGCAUAUUUUUCCACGUCUGUGGAAGACAAAGCCGUUGUCCAUCGGGUGUCUAAGUAUUCUUUGCGUCUUCAUUGCCUGUCUUCUACAAAGGGCUUUUCUUUAGGCCUCAAAUGUAUGUCUCGCGGCCUUCUUGAUAGCUCUCUUUCAUCUGCUGCCAGCUACUUUCCUCUAUGCAAGUGAGGACAAAUCGGCGCCUGAGUUAUCUUAUCUUCUUAUCUUAUAUAAUACAGACGUUACUUCAAAAAAGUCAUGCCUAUUAACCAAUGACUUAAAUUCUGCCAAGUCACUGGUUUCCCUGGCUAGCUCAGGCAACCCAUUCCAUGCUCUAAUAGCACUAGGGAAGAAGGAGCAUUUGUACAAAUUUGUCCUAGCAUAUGGGACGAGGAAUGUGCCUUUAUUUUUUGUGUCUGAGUAUUUUAUUAAAUUUUGUUUUUGUAUUUGAAGAUUAUGGUUCAGUGUUUUAUGUAUAAUUGCUACUUUACUUCUAAGUCUUCUAUCCUGAAGGCUUUCUAAAUUUAGUGAUUUAAGUAAAGGUGUUACUUUAGUCAAGUGUGAAUAUUCGUUUGUUAUGAAUCUCACUGCUCUAUAUUGUGUCUGUUCCAGUUUCUUAAUGUUUUCUUGAGUUGGGGGGUCCCAAACAGAGGAUGCAUAUUCUAUUAUGGCCUAACCAAGGUUAAAUAACAUUUUAGUUUUAUGUUCUUAUUUGUAUUAUAGAAAUUUCUUUUAAUAAACCCUAAUGCUUUGUUUGAUUUUUUGAUAGUUACACCAAUAUGGGGAUUCCAUGACAGUUUUUCAUUUAUUAUAACACCUAGGUAUUUUGUGUUUUUAGUUGAUCUGUAUAGCCCUUAUUAAGGGGAGUGGUGGCACCUCUGUAACGUCGCCCUCCUUUCAGCACGCGCGCAAUGUCGCCUUUGGCAUGCGGUCAUCGCCCAUGCGGGAUAAGUCUCCAAACCCAGUGCUGCUGUCGAAUGGUAAGUAGUACUUCUGUACUGUCCACACCAACCUCCAGCAGAACUUGGUUAUUUGUAAGGUAUGCCCAUUAUGGAACUGGGGUGGCACCUUUGAUUGAAUUCCAUUAUCCUUAGAACAGGCUUACUUACACAUGCAACGUAAAUAACAUAUUUUAAUGUCAAACCACAGUUUUACCCUUCUCAUUAAAAAAAUGUGUGGCUUCGCCCAUGUUGUGUAUCAUACCACUGCGUAUAAAUGUUUUUAAUGCCAACUUGACUUUCAGUGAUAACAUAUCUUUCAUUUCACAAUAAAGCAAUGUCAAGGCUUGUUUGAUUUGUUUUCUAAAUGUUACAUUUAUGUGUGUAUAAUUGUUAUGUGGUUUCUUUUGUUAUUACAAAACAUAUAUCAACUCACUGUCUGUCUGUCAUUCUGUCUGUCUUUGUGUUUACCUGGUAAAAAGUGUGUGACACGUUAUUUCUCCCACACCCAUUCUCGGAUCAAGUUGAAACUUCGCACAAUGAUUCAUUGACAUAGACAAGACAUGAAUCAAUAAAAAUAAAUAAACAAUCAAACAAUUAAUUACUAGUAAUUCAUUAUUUUGUUUAAUAGAAACAAGGGAAAUUAAUACUUCAGUAUUCACAGAUAUGGCUAAAUUUGUGUGUUUAAUCCUAUUAAUUGUUAACGCUAUUUCUCCCUCAUGCUUUCUUCUAUCAAGUUGAUACUUUAAACAAUUAUUUAUUGUACCUAGCAAAACAUGAAUCACUAAACAAAAUACUAAAUUAGUCGAUUAAUUAUAAGUAAUUAAUUCUUUUGUUUGAUAUUGAAUAAGGGAAAUAUUUUGAACAUUAUAGGUAAAUAUAGUUUUAAGGGCGGAGUUCUUACCCUUCAGAUAGGCUUUGUUUGUUUUUUUUAAAGGAUUUUUAAUUUAGGUUGUUAUGUUUCGUUAAAUAAAUCCACACGAAUGAAUAUCCGUAUGUAGUUAAAGAAAACCCAGAUUUAAAAAAAAAAAAGCUGUGCUGAGAUAAAUAAAACCCCAAUAAAAUCUAAUGUCAUACUAAGAGUCUAAGAGUAUGAAGAAGCCCCAGGGGCGGACUGGCUAUAUGGGCAAAGGGCCGGCACCGAAUGGGCCUGUCUGGUCGCGACCAAAGAAUAUUUUUUUUUCAAUGCACACACAAUCAAACAGAAAAAAAAAAACCCACACCAAAAAAUUCUGGCUAAGCCCAAGGUACAAGAUAUGACAUACCAUUUGUGGGCCGGUUUAUAUGGUAAUGCCCGGGCCGAUUUUGAUUCCCAGUCCGCCCCUGAUAGCCCCGUAGAUUACUCGACGCUUAUUGAUAAUACAAAUGAAGCAAACGCUUGAAAUAGAUACUUUGUAUUCUCGGCCCAAAGCUACAAAGACAUAUUGCUUAAACGAAGUCGAAACCAUAGCCGGUAUUGGUAUACAAGAAAAAGGGAGUCAACUAUUAACGAAUUUAUAACGAAAAAACAACAAUACAUGCACGUGACAAUAUCCCCAGCUAGAUUACGUACACAACUACGCGCUAGCAGCAGUGUUCAAUUUUUUUUUCGGCCACACUUAAUUAGUGAAGAAUACUCAUGGACUGGAAAGAGAACAAUGUAAUUAUUCCUGUCAUUAAAAAAUGAAAAUACAGACCAGUGUCUCUCACCAGCAACGCAUGUAAAGUUACUAGAACACGUAAUAUUUAGCAACAUCCAAAAGAAAACAAAUUUAGGUAAACAUAGUGUCUGUACACCAUACUCCAUUUCAACAUGGCUCUAGGAAAUUUAGGCCGUUUGAAACCCACCUAAAACGUCAGAUCCGGAGUAUUUUAUUAGAUUUCUCUAAAACAUUCGAUAAGGUUAACCAUCAUAACUUGCUAACAAAAAUAUUUCGGCGUUACUGGUCCAUUACUGAUAGGAAAUAAUAAACGGCUUUAAAUCAACCACAAUAACAGUAAACACAGGUGUACCUCAAGUAAAAGCCCGCAAGGCUAAUCCGUUACGCAGACUGAAAACUGUAAAUUCUUAUGUGUUAUAAUUUCAUAAUAAAUGAAAAAUAAUCUUAGGAUCCCCAUAUUGGCAAAGUCAUAAAAAAAUCAAACAAAGCGAUUAUUAUAAAUCAAACAAGUAAAUAGAAUUAAAAUGCAAUUUGAACUUAGUUAUAUUCUAUUAUAUAUAUAUUAAUAUUUGAAUAAGCGUCCUCUAGGAAACCUCAACUCAAGAGAACAUAAAAAGAUUAGAACAGACAAGAAACAGAGCAGUGAGAUUUAUAACAAACCAAUGGAGUAACAUCAUCAUUAAAAUCACUAAAUGAAGAGACACUUCAGGACAAAAGACUCAAAGGUAAAGUAGCGAUAAUACAUCAAACACUGAACCAUAACUUACAAAUAGAAAACCAAAAUCAAAUAGAAUACUGUUUUAUUCCUUUCUUAUUCCAUGUGUUAGGACAAAGUCGUACAAGUGCUCCUCUAUCACUUGUGCUAUUAGAGCAUGGAGCGGGUUGCCUAAAUCAGCCAGGGAAAAAAAAAGACUUAGCAGAGUUGAAUAACUGAGUUGAUAAAUUUGGCGAUAUCUCUGUGGGCCUGUUGGUUGAACUUAUCAUACAUCUGGAGUCCGAUAAAUCCGUGAAUUAACCCUUUAUACAUGAUCUCUUCAACUUUAACCCCUUCAUCGCGGAGGUUUUGGGCAAAUGCUAUACCCUCGUCCCUCAAGGGAUCUAACUCUGCAAAAAUGAAUAGAGUUGGAGGGCAUGACUUGAGGUCAGUUCUGGCGAACGGGUUGACACGGGGGUUGCUGGUGGCGUCGGGAAUGUAAGAGAUGUAUUGAUCAAACGUGUAUUCCAUUCCUUUGGUAUUGAAUGCUGGGAAUUCCCGAAACUCAUCAAAAGAUGGCCAGUCAAAGGAAAUGUCAGUGACUGGGUAGAUAAGAAUUAGGAAGUCUAGACUUUUGACGCUGUGCGUUACGCUGAUGGUAAGCUGACCACCGGCGCUGUCUCCACCCACGCCGACUUUGCUCCCCGGGGCGCCACCGAUUUUUUCCUUGUUUUUCAGCACCCACUUAGUCACAGCUACACCAUCGUUGAACGGGGCCAUGGUGUCUUCUGGACAAGGCAAGAGGCGAUAAUCCACAUUUACAGCGAUACAUUUUGACUUCAUCGCGAUGGACCUGACAACGUAAUUAUAUAUUGAACUCUUCAUGGCAAUAAGACCACCUCCAUGGAAGUAAAGAAAAAUCCCGGGAACUUCGGGACAGUCACGUGGCUUGAAGACUGUGACUGGCACUCCGGUAGGAACGUGAUCACAGGGAACAACCAGUUCUCGAAUUUCUCCAUCAAACUCACCAUCGUCAUCUCGCGUGAAAAUCUUUUCUACCACCUCCCUGGCCUCAUUGAGUUCAAACUCGUAGAAAGGUUUCAGCCUUUGAUCAAUGGCGCAUUGGAUAUCAUCAAAUGUUUCUUUUUGGAUUUCAUACUUACUGGACCACUUUGCCAGAAGAUCUGUCACAGACAUGAUUAGACGGAAGCUAGAAUGAAAACAAAUAAAAAAUAAAAAGAAAAAUCGAAUUCAAUCGAAUGUUUAUUUCUAAGUUUGAAGCUUCGUGAAGAAGGAAAAGAUAAAUUAAAAUAAACAAGGCAUGUAACAUGCGAUAAGAGGACUAAAAUAGGCCUACACUUGAUAAGCCGCAGCAUGUUCACCUUCUCUCAAUAGCAAGAGUACUCGAGCACUGCCACAAUAGGCAGGUUAUGUCACGUGUCAUGUUUGUUCCUUAUUUUGAACAUUGGAGAUUUUCAAGAUAAACUAAACAACGUCAACUAAGCUAAAUUGAGCUUCUCUGUUGCCAACUACAUUUUUUAAAAAAAUCGAGUUAUAAUUUUAACACUAUCUCAAUACGUAAAGGUUCAUCUUCGUAUCAGCUCUCCUUUAUUACCCCCGAAAGGGGAAAAGACGCUAUUAGUUUUGUGUGGAAUGUCCGUCCGUCACGUUUAGACCUCGUAAACUAGAAAAGGUAGUGAAAAUCCGACAUCAUAAAUAUUUUAAACCCUCCAAAGUUCUGAUGCAACGGCUACUUUUUUCUUUUCUGAAAGCGAAAAAUUGAAUUUUUUAAAACACUUAUGCAAGCAGUUUUUUCAUAAAAAUACACCAUUUUUACAACUAUGCAAAAUUAAUAGUAACAAACACGGGAGUCUUUUAGGUAAGGGAGGUGACAGUUUACCAUAUUUUUAACACAUUUAUGCAAAUGAUUUUACUCAAUACUACAUUUACAGAAACCUUUUAUUUCAAGAAGAAAAAACGUAUUUACUAUGCAUAUAAAUGAAAUAAUUAAUAACAACAAUUAAUAAGUAGUUUUUUCAUAUUAUCGCGAGAACUGUAAAUACUACAUUCAUAAUAUGGAACAAUAAACUAAAGGAUUUUGUUAACGAAUUUUUUUUUUCCUUUCGGCUUUGAAUAAGAGAUUGACCCUUUACAAAAUAAUUAGAUCAAUUAGAUACUUAUUAUAAGACAUCAGUUAGGCCAGGUUCACAUUUAACUUCACAUUCACUUUCACCUAUCCUUGGUGUGCUGGACCUUUGGGGCACCUCACAGGAUCUGUCAACCUUCUUUCUCCAUUCUUCUGUCUUUUGCCUUUGAUAGAAUUUCAUUAUGAUAUUCUUUCUGAAAAUAUUGAUACCUGCCUUUUUACCUGCCUGGGUGGACCACUUCUGAUAGAAUUUAAUACCGAUAUUCUUUCUGAAAAUAUUGAAACCUGCCUUUUUUCCUGUCUGGGUGGACCACUUCAGGGGCCGAUUUUGAGUUUGUGUUUCCACACAAACUGUCUUUGUAACCUUGUUUUUCAACUAAGUUUUAAUAUCCUAGAAUGAAAGUCUAAUACUUUCUCUCUAUAUUGAAAUUAUUUGGUGCUACAAAAGGAAGAGUUUAGAAACUUUCAGUCUGCGGUGCUAAUAAGAGCAAACAAAAAAUAUAAUUAAAAAAAUAUCCUAGACAUUUUAAAAGAAGAACUAGCUUAUCAACACUUUAUUUUGUACACCGGAUACACCAAAACGCUUGCUAAUUAUAGUUUUUCCUCCAUUACUGAAAAUCUCCAAUUGUGUCAAUAUUGUUAUGCAUUCUUCCUUUCAUUGCGCGACAAGUUUCAAGUUUGAAAUCCAGAAAAGAAAAAAAAACAUUGUAAUUUACUUAAAGCUGCAUCGCUGCAAAAUUGAACUAUAGCUACAUUGUAAUAGACGAAUUGUAAAAUAGAUCAACACUCGUUUUAUAGUUAUUUAAUAGUUAAUUAAUGUCGCUAAUUAUAAAGUAGGCUAUAUGUAUUAUGUACACCUAGAGUCGAUUUCAUUAUUGUUUAUUUUUGAUCGGAUGAGGGGGAUUUUCAACAUUUUGUACCGACGUUUCGACUGACCGGACACGUCGCGAACCGAAUUUUGAGCAUCACUGAAUUAGGGAAACGUCACUAGUAAAAGUUUGAGACAAAAAUCCAGGCUACGCCCAUGGUGUGUAUAAUAUUAUGCCAUUGCUGUAAGAAUGUUUAUAAUACCCACUUGACUCUCACUGAUAACGUAUCUAUAAGCUCACAAUAAAGAAAAAGACACUCCAUUUAUGUUUAGAGCUGACAAGCUUCGCUUCUAGUCUAUU